UUAUGCGAUCGUCUUUUGGAUGGAGCACCGAUUUUAACCGCAAAAUGGUCAGCGAAGCGUUCUGGAGCAACGAAAUCGAGUCAGAGCUGAGGGAGCAAAAAAUCGUUUAUGGAUUCAGUGGGCGCAAAAUAAACUGUGCCGCUGUCAAACAGCAUAUAGAAACUGUUCGAACAUCAAAGCUGUACGAUCAUAACUGCAGCAUGGAGAGUACUUCUGGAUGCCAGUUCCUUGACAUGAUGGACGGGCUUUGGAAAUUCGGGCACAAGCACUGCGCCAUGCCAGUCAAGAAGAUUGUGGACAUCCGUCAUAUUAACUUGCCCCAAGUGUGUGAAAAUCAACCUACAAAAAAUUCCAAAUUUUGCCUACCACACCAUGGCCCUCUUAAAAACCUGGAACAGGCAAUGAGCAAAGAGGAGUUCAAGUCUUAUCUUGCGCAGAAAGAAGCUGCCGUGCGAGUGGUUUCUGAUAAUUUGUUCCAAGAUGAAAUGGAAGAAAACGCAGGGAACGCGCUGACAUCUGAGCUAAACUGCAACAACAAAAAUGUGGUUGCUCCGUGGUGCCGUAAAAGAUCUGGAAGAAAAACUAAAGAGUCUUGGUCCAGAGGCAUAUUUGUGUAUGUGGCGGCUUGUGGAACAAUCCUCAGUUAUUCUCCAAUAUAUAAGAGUGAAUCACUUAGUCAAGUUCUGGUUCUGACACUGGAGUUCCUGUACAAAAGGAUGCAACUGCUUGCAAAUCACUUGUGGUCCAAAUACUUUCUGUGUUACGACAACAUGUGCAAUUUGUGCCGGUUAAAGGCUCUAAAAGAACCGCUCAAUCACGUUCUGCCAGAGGGAUACGACAAUAUGUUCAAUAUCAUCAACAAAAUUGUUGACGGGCUGCAUAUGAGCAAUCAUAGGCGCGAGGAUUGUCACGUUCUUUACAAUCCCAACAAGUUUUCUGAUGUUCACCCGGAAGUCAGCCGAAACACCAUGGCUGCUGAGCAAACUUUUUCUUGGUUAGGGCGUUAUCGCAAACAAGUUAACAGCAUGAAUAAAACUAAUCAACAUCUUUUUCUCCAUCGGGUCAUCAUUCGUCGAAAUUGGUAUAUAACUCAGUGCAUGCAAAACGGGCAAACACCGGUAGUAUGUUCUCUCCGGUCACGUGAAGAACGCUUUGGUUUUACAUAAGCUCCUUUCAUUUAUUUAAAUGAUUGUUGCAUGUUUUGAUCGAUUGAUACCAUGUUCUUUAGCAUUGCCUAUCUGGUUGGAGAAGUGUUAAAACAA